CUUUUUCAUCGUAAUUCUUUCAUUCUUUUACAAUCGAGUCGUCAUCCUUGGUACAUCCACGGUUCAAACCUGCUCUUCCUUGCCACUUGCACCUUGAUUAUGCGCCUUGCGACGAUUCUUUAUCUCUACGCCUCGCCUUCGCAACUGCUCGCUUUUUGAUCGAGCCUACAUAUAUUUAUAUUUAUAUUUAUAUUCACAUUCACAUUCACAUUCAUAUAUCCCUAUAUCGAUCUAUAUAAUACAAUAAUACAAUGCGCCACCACCACCUCUCCGUCCAAACCAACGCCCAAACCGCCGCAUCAACAACAACAACCCCCCCAGUAACCCCCAGCACGCCCUCAAAACGAGACCCCACCAGCGACACUGAAAGCGCCAAAGAAACCCUGCUCUACACAGACUCCCUCGACUACCACCACCACCCCGACUCCCCCACCCCCAUCCAAUUUGGCCACGGCGUCUGGAGUGCCGUCUACAAAGCCUCCUCCCUCCCCGCCCCUCCAACCCCAGACUCAGACUCAGACUCUGCGUUAAUAACGCCACCGGCCUCGCCAGCGUCGAAAAACCGCAUCGUCGCUGUGAAAUCGCCUAUCAGGAAAGAUGCGCAUCCGGUUCUUGAGGCUGAGGCGAGGGUUCUUACGCGGUUGAGUCUGACACCCGGUGCAGAGCGGUAUAUCGUGCCGUUUUUGGGGUAUAUACCCAGAUCUCAUGCGUUGGUUAUGGGUGCUGUGCCGCUGGCGUUGUCGAGUUAUAUAACAGAGGAAGCGGUUAAGGCGCAGGAACGGCGCAGCACGACGAACAUGUUUGAGCCUGUGCUGGGUAAGCAACGGUGGAUCAGUCUUGCGCAGAGACUUAUCUCUGGACUGGACUGGAUGCACAACACGGCUGGUGUCGUGCAUGGGGAUAUCAAGCCCCAUAAUAUCCUAUUGCGGCGGGUACCUGCCGUAAGUGGUGAAGAGGAGUUCGGCUACGAACCCCUCUACGCGGACUUUUCCUCCGCGCAUGAUACUUCCUCCACGACGUCCUCGCCAGCGCCUGGAUCAGCACUGACGCCGCCCUUCGCAGCACCCGAAUUGCUCUCCCCGGCUGCGCUGAAAUCGCCUACUGGCGCUCAGCCGACGACUGCCUCUGAUGUGUUUUCGUUGGCGGUGACGCUUCUCGCUGCUGCGACGGGGGAUUUGCUGCUGUACCCUGGGGCGAGUCAUAUGCAGAGACUCGCAAUGGCCCGUGAAGGGCAUCGGGUUGUGGAGUUUGCGAGGUCGGGUGGGAAUGGGAUGAGGGUUGCUAGGGGUGGUGUUGUGGAGGGGGUUGUUAGGGGGGCUGUGGUUAAGGAGCCCGGAGAGAGGGUUGGGGCUGGGGAGUGGGUGGAGUUGGUUAUGAAUGUUGAGUAGAGAUGUAGAGCUGCUGUGUUCGGCUUAAGAUGAUAUAUUGCUAUUUGAUACCCUAGAUUUACCUACGAGGUUAUAUGUUUUUCUUGUGUAUAAUUAUC